UCUUCAGCUGUGUGUAGUUAAUUUAGUCGUUUAACCCGGUGUAUUUAAGUCCUGUGUUUUCAGUUCCGUUUGGCCGGUCGUCAAUGUCCACACGUGGUUUUUGUCCUGCCUGCCUUUGUAUCUUUAUUUUCCCGUUUUGGGAUUAAAUCCAUUUAAGUUCAUUUUAAGUCCCAUUUUAAGCCUGCGGUUUUGUUGGGGAAAGAAUAAGGGAAAGAAACGAAUUCAACUAUGACUAAUAUGGCCACUGCAUUUCCAACCUCUAUACAAUCUUGUGCGAUCGGUUGAUUUAACAACACUGUUCAAAUACAUAAAAACUCCUCAAAAAUAAUGCAACAAAAGCGUUCAAACGCUGUUUAUCAGUGCACAUUAUCUAAAUAAAAUACAGAAGGCAGAGGAAGACUAACUGGAUAAUAAACUGACUAUCAGUUAUGUGUCGUUAAUGAUAUCUACCUUGUAAGUGCACUUACCCUGCACAUAACCCGUGCAGUUGCUAAAUGUUCACUAAUAAGUUUUUGGAGAUAACCUGCCAAAUUUUAAUUGCCUCUGAAUAUUUCAGUUCCUAAGAUUUUCACUACUCGUGGCUACUAGAGACCUGAUAUGCACCACUGCUGAAUCUACAAAAUCCAAAGAGUAAUGAUGGCGGUGAUCAAAUUUGGUGAUGAAGCCAAUUCAUAGAUAAAGGGGGCCUGUUUAAAUUCAUUUAAAGAAAUUUAAAAUGGCACUUCAUGAGAAAAAGGCAGCCCACCCCAGGGUAAACUAACAAUCGUUCUCCAUCUAGCUAUUUAUUGCCUUUGUUCACAACAGGAACAUCUAAAACCUGAGGGGGAAAGUCUUUAUAAACCUAUUUGUGCAUGUAGAUUGGUGUUUGAAGAGCCUGGAGGUAGCUGACGCUUUUGUACUUGCAUAGCAUUGACGUCUGUGUGGAGGCUCAUCAGAAUCUCAAAAGCUGAUGUUUAUGCAAUUUCACGCGGGAUGAAAUUUAAUACGUACCCGCUCGAUUGCGUUUGCCCUACUGUGCAUUACCCUAAACCCUCCUUUACACGCCUUUAAAAAGCCGAGUGAUCUUCGUUCACAUAGUCCUCAACCGUCGACAGCCGAAGGUGAAAUUUUAAUUCGUAUGCUCUUGCUGGCUUGCAAAGGGACUGAAAUGGUUCUUCGACACAGGAUUUCAGUUUCAUUCCUCAUCCUUUCAAAUCUGAUCGCGGUUUCAGCAGAAUCAUGUGACAAUCGAUGUCUGGCAAAUUCUGUAAUUGCCAAGAAACUGAUAAGCUCUCCACACGGCGAUAACUGUGUCGUCACAGUAAAAAUUACUUCAAUGCAAUACGAGACAAUGUCGUUUGAUACAAAGAACAUGCAGAUGAGCAGUCGUGUCAAGGUUAACAUGAUGUGGAAUGAUCCAGGACUAGCGUGGAAUACAAGUACAUCUAAUACUACGGCGAUUAUGGUGCCAGUUAAUAAAAUUUGGACUCCUGGGCUAAUUUUGGACAAUGCAAUUGAUAUAACCAUGCAGCCCUACAAAAACGACGUACUUGUGUCGAUGAAUGGCACCGUGGACCAUGCUGUUAUCGUGUUCGUAUCAGUGAGCUGCGAAAUCAACAUUUUCACCUACCCCUUUGUGAUCGGGGACUGUUCUGUGGCCAUCAGCGGAUGGAACCAAAGCAACUGUGGGCUUAAACUGGCGUACCCCGAUAGCGUAACCAUGAGUGGCAGCAAUCAGAGUGGAGAGUGGCUGACCCAGAGCGUGAAAAUAAAACAAGAUGCAAGCUCUCAAGACCACAAAUUUCUCUCGGUCACUUUAUCGAUCAAUCCGUUCAGUGCUGUUGUGACCCUGAUCCUGCCCAGCGCAUUAAUAAUGCUGGCUGACCUGGUGAGCUUUGCUCUGCCAGUUCAAGGAGGCGAACGCAACAACCUUAAGGUCACCUUGGUCCUGAGCUUUACCAUGUUCCUAAUCAUCCUCAAUGAUCACCUGUCCAGUGGCACAAGCUGUAGCCCUCUCCUCCAUUACCACUUCUGCUUCUGUCUGGUCAGUCUGGUGCUGAGCAUGGUGACAUCGAUGGUCUUGACACGUUUGACAUCAGACGACAGCAUUCUGCCUUGUAAAUGCUCAAAGAUCAUCAAAACACAAAACGCCAAUCUGGGCCAGCGCAAAGCGGACGCUGACGUGAUUGCAACAACAACCACCGAUUUGGCUUCAGAGGCGGCUUCCCUCCAAAAAAUUGCGCAAUAUUUUGAGCAUAUGGAUCAAAAGGAACAAGCGGUAAACAACAACGAGGCUUUUGUAGACCGCUUGGACAAAAUCUGUUUCUGGUUUUUUUUGUUCAUCGACAUCAUUUACAUCAUCAUCGUCGUUAGCGUCACCAGAGCAGAUAUUUGCAAGCCCCAAGCGAUCGUUAUCUUCGACAAAGAGAUUUUGACGCGCGACAAUAAACGCAAAGCUGUUAAACCAGUCCAGACUGUAGGAUUAAGAGUGGAUCUGUGGAUCUGA